AGGAAAAGCAUUACAUUUAUAUUUAUUUGGUACUCCCUAUCAUAUAUACCGAUCUAUAUGUACCCGCAAUAAAAUAAAUCAAAGUGGCCGAAGAUAUUUGGCCGUCCGAUUUUUGGCACGAAAAAAAUGGCAUCAUCAUACGUCUUCACGGGGGUGUUAUUGGACAGCAUAUUGGUUCCGGUGAGCCUCUUCCUCACCGUCGGCUACCAUGUCUAUCUCUUCCGCCGCCUCAACCACAAUCCCGCCGCCACUUCCGCCGGCAUCAACAUGCUUCAGCGCAGAUCCUGGCUUCAGCAUUACGAUCAGUGAACCUCCGACCGAAUUCCGCUUAAUCUUGGGCACUCAAAUUGGCGUCAGAGCAACAAAGGAGGAGUGUUGUUGAUGAUUUCACACACGAAGGCAAACAACAUGAAAUCAGAACAAACACAUAAAUGAGGAGAGAAAGAAAACAUGUGUGUACUGUCCUUAAAGAGUAUUGUUCAGAUCAACAUGUCCAGAGCUUAGCCCUUACCGCUUUCGCAGACCUUCAUUUCUCCCUUCUGCAUCGCUGUCAUUCCCUUCCUCUUCUUCCUCUGCCACUGGUGCCGAGCUCACUUAUUCUCCUUUUUCCUCGUCAAAGCCCUCGAACCCAUCAUACUUCUUAGAAACUAGGUGGUCACCAUAUUUCUUACGCAUGUAGUAUUCAGGAUCCGUCUCUGAUGAACUAGAAUAUCCGAAACGAACGAUGAACAUUCUAAAUGGAAGGCAAUCGUCUUUUAGAUCUGAUUUAGGAGAAGGUUUCAGAUCUACAGUUGUAGAGGAUGAAUCCAUCGGGUGAGGAGAUGGCAGUUCAGAUCCACCAUCUAAGGAAGGAGGUUUAGUGGAUCCACCGACAAAAUAUUCCAAGCCCAUUACAAGUGAGUAGGACCGAAUAGAAGAAAAGGGAGGCAACGACGAAGAAAGAGGACGUCAGUGAGCAGAAGAAAGGGGAUGAAAUGAAAAAGAGAGAGGACGCCGGUGAGUAGAAGAAAGGGGAGGCAACGACGAAGAGAGAUGAUGAAGUAUAUGGUUCCAAAAGAGGAAAGAAGAUAAGAUGUAGAAAGAGAGGGUAAAUGGUGGGUAUGGGUAGGGGAUUAAGUGGGCGGAUAAAGUUAAAGGGGAAUGACAGUUUGGACAAUUUGUUUUCCUAUAAAUAGAAACAUGAACUUUAAUAUGAAAUAUUUCAGGAAAGUGGGAACUCAAUUACCAAAAUAAACUUGAUAAAAAUGAACCUUUAUAAUACAUAACUAUAAUUAAUUCAUACUUUGAAUGUUAAGUGUCUUUUUAUUCAAUCUUGUAUUUGUUCUAGUUCAAAUUAAAAGUCAUUCCACAUGCAAUAUGUAUGUACAGUAAUACGAAGCAUUGAUUUGAAGGAUCUAGAGGUUCUAAAUAUGUCAAUAAUGCAUCGAUUGGGUUUAAAACCUUGGCAUUUCAAUAAAUAAAUCUAUUUUUUGUAACCAUAAAAAGUGCAUCACUUUGAAUGUGAAAUUACAUUGAUAUCUAUAUUGGACCCAUAUACUCCAUCCUAUAUAUGGUCAGCUAAAACUAUUGUAUCCAUGCGUAUUGUACUUGAGAAACACUAUUUGUAUCACAAUCAGUUCCUAUAUAUAUGUUUGUAUUUUUAUAUGAAUGUGUGUAUGUAUCUAUGUGUAUGUAACCCUGUUUAUAGAAAACUCCAUUUAUUUUCUUAUUAAUUUCAGGAAAAUGAAAAGAAUGGAAUGUUAGUCGUGCAAAGCUUGAGAAACGGCUUAAUGGAAACAAUCCUCACAGCUACUAUAACUAUCAUAGUGGUCAUUUCACUAGCAGCUCUCACUAACAACGUCUUCAAUGUUACAUCUCUCCACCACUACCUUCAUGCCCCAUUGUUGGGGCUACAACAUUCCAAUGACAUCAUCAUGCUAAAGUUCUGCACCACUACCUUUUUCUUACUGGUCAGCUUCAUGUGCAGCUCCUUAGCGAUUGGGUACUUUGUCGAUGCCAACAUUUUGGUGAAUGCAUUGGGAGAGUUUUCAACAUGCCCAUCAUCGCAGUUAUACAUACAAAUAGUGUUGGAACGGGGAUUCAUGUUUUCCUUGAUAGCAAAUAGAAUGUUUUGUAUGUCAUUUCCCAUAAUGUUGUGGAUGUUUGGCCCCAUGGCAGUCUUGGUUUCCACUCUCACGCUGAUUUGGACCCUUUAUUCUCUUGAUUUUGUUGUCAUCACCCGGCCAUCAUCAACAUAGCACAUGUCAUAAAUUAUUGGGACGAAGCUUCUGGCGUCUGUCCGAUACGGUGGAUCGUUUUAGGGCCAUUCUUACGCAGGCGGUGAGAAGGUUGGAAGCACGGGGGAGGCCAUUCUUACGCAGGCGUUUCUGAAAUCUGUGGCGGAGGCGUGCAUCUCAGUAGCGAAAGUCCGAUUGGGACCAGUGUGGUGCGUGACGAUUGAGGAGGCUCAGUGAAGUGAUUUCAAUCCGUUUUUUCUCAUAUUAUGGGAUUAGUUAAUUGGAUUUGUUGGGGAUCGGGGAUUCUCGCCACUGCUCAAGUUCUGGCCAAUCUCAUGCAAACUAAGCGGCUGGAAUUUCUGUUCGUAAUGGAAUCUAAAUCGCAUGGUCGAAUGGAGAUGGAGGAAUAUGAGGUGUUGACGGUCCGUCCACCUCCCGAACCGCCGCCUUGGAGCGAUCGUGGAGCCAGGGUUUGGAAUUCAAAGAUUAAAGAGUGGAUCUGUUCGACUAGGGCUUCAGAAGGGGUGGAAGCAGGAGAAUCUAUGAGUUUUUACUUUGUUUUUCAUUUCAGACUCAAUUUGCUUGUUUUUCGCGUCAUUAUUUUGUCGUACCAUAAGGGGGAAGGGUACGUGUGUUGGUUUUGUUUGUUGGAUAGAAUUCUUGUUGGAGGCAAUCAGGCUGACUCAGCCGCUAAUAGUCUCUAUCCUCUCAUUGUUUCAUCGAUUAGUUUUGCUCUUUUCGAGGUGCACUAUUCUAUGUCAGAUCGUGACGUGAGGGGGCGAAGGGCUUUUGGUAUUGCUUGGAUAGAGGGAGAUCUAGAUCUUGAGACAUGAUUGUUGCUUUGUUACAUUUGAUUUUAAAUUAAGCUAUUUCCUUUCACAAAAAAGAAUCCAUUAUUAAUCUCUACAACAAUGAGAUUUUCGUUCUUCUCUAUAUUUACUUAUUCUAUUAAUAAGAAUUUAUUUAAACAUCUUUUCAUUA